GCCGCAAACAAAAGACGGGAGACGCGUCGCGUCACUUAACGGAUUACCAAAAUUAAAGUAGGAUAUUUUGGAAAUUCUCGAGAUUUUCUCAAUUUACGAUGGCUCAAUAUGUGGAUAAUUCGUGGAGGAGGCCAGCGUUCCGCCGACACUACAUCGUCCGAAUAGAAGAAGAAAUUCGGGACCAAAUUAUGGCGACGCCCAUCAAAACCAUCAUCGAAAUAGAGUCGCAAAUCUUCCAGAAAUCCACAAACAGGGAGGAAUAUUUGGGCUAUUUCGAAAGAAUUAUGGUGCUCGUGAAGACGAUGAGGCCGAAUCCACUCCUGGCAACAGGGAGGGCCUACGCCGAAGCCCAGAUGAAGGGCCAGCAGCCCCAGCAGGGCAUGAUGCCCGGACAGCUCCAAACCAACCCCCAGCAGGGACAAAUUAGCCCCGCUACCACUCCUGGAAACUCUGAAAUGGCUAAAGAAUGGAUGACUUCCGAGUUCCGUCAUAAUGUAAUUGAAAACUUGGAUGAAGAAAUUCGGAUCACAGGUAUAUCAUACUUCAGAAGCAGCGUCGAAAUAGAGUCGAUAUUUUAUGAAAAAUCCCAAAACCAGCUGGAAUAUUUGGUCACUGUGGCUAGAUUCAUUCUGCACGUGAGGUUAAUGAGUAUUUACGCUGCAGUUGGUGGUUCAAUCCCGCGUGUGCCACAAGAGACUCCAAACUCGCAGAAUCCCGGUGGGAAUGGAACUGACCAACAACCGUUAAGCCAAAGCCAAAACACAAGUGCUGCCAGUGAUAUUGACAUCACUGAUUUGAUGCAGGGCAUGUACUUGCAUUAAUGAUUGCUGUCCUGGCGUAACGACCAGCAGGCCAUCAUUCCCAGAAAGCCGCGGCAGGAACCGGAAAUUAAUAAAGAUAUCUCUUAAACAGAA